UACGUCAGCAUCACCGGCUAGUUUACAGAUUCUUUUCCGGCCUGUGAACCUAGGCUACGAGCGUGGAUUUUGAUCUGUGCUCUUAAAAUAUUUAAUAAAAUGAGUGUCCCAGCGUUUAUUGAUAUAACGGAGGAGGACCAGGCGUCAGAGCUCCGGGCCUAUUUGAAAUCUAAAGGAGCUGAGAUCUCUGAGGAGAAUUCAGAAGGAGGUCUGCACGUCGAUCUGGCACAGAUCAUUGAAGCCUGUGAUGUCUGCCUCAAAGACGAUGACAAAGAUGUGGAGAGUGUGAUGAACAGCAUCGUCUCCCUGUUGCUGAUUCUGGAGACGGAGAAACAGGAAGCUCUCAUUGAGAGUUUAUGUGAGAAGCUGGUGAAGUUUCGUGAGGGUGAGCGGCCCUCGCUCAGGAUGCAGCUCUUGAGCAAUCUGUUCCAUGGUAUGGAUGAGAACACACCGGUGAGGCACACUGUGUACUGCAGUCUGAUUAAAGUGGCGGCCACCUGCAAUGCCAUUGCAUUCAUACCUACAGACCUGGACCAGGUGCGCAAGUGGAUCACAGACUGGAAUCUAGAUACUGAGAAGAAACACACUCUGCUCCGUCUGGUGUAUGAUGCGCUGGUCGACUGCAAGAAGAGUGAAGCUGCAGCUAAAGUGAUGGUGGAGUUACUGGGCAGUUACACAGAGGACAAUGCUUCACAAGCCCGAGUGGAUGCACACAGGUGCAUCGUCCGUGCCCUGAAAGACCCAAACACCUAUCUCUUCGACCAUCUCCUAGCCUUGAAACCGGUGCGUUUCCUGGAGGGAGAACUCAUCCACGAUCUCCUGACUAUCUUUGUCAGUGCAAAGCUUGCUGCAUAUGUGAAGUUUUACCAGAGCAACAAAGACUUCAUUGAGUCUCUCGGUGAGUACAGUCUGAACGUCUUUAUAGGAUUCAGUCAUGACCAUGACACUCUAAUAAACAAAAAUGCAAAAUGUGAAUUUCUAGCUGUUCGGACCAAAAUGGUCUAUUGCAAGAUUGACCAGACACAGCGGAAGGUCGUGGUGAGCCACAGCACACACCGCACCUUUGGCAAACAGCAGUGGCAGCAGCUGAAUGACACGCUGUGCUCCUGGAAACAGAAUCUGGCUACCGUGAAGAGCAGCCUUCAGACGCUCUCUCCCACUGCCUGACACUGCUGCUUCUGUUUGUAUACACAUCCAAUAAAACACCCAUGAAGACCAUG